ACCAUAGUGAAUAGUCAGUGUUGAUUCGACACUCGAAGCGGUGGUACCAUCGCUUUGAUUUUUUUUUUAAUAAUUCGUGUUAAGUUUUGUGCUCUGUAAACUUUUGGAGUUGUUGCCAAAGUGAGAUCUUGGGAUUCGCAACACACGCAAGAAGAAACAUUUGAUAAAAAAUGGCCACAUCAGUGCUUCAACCGGCGGAAUGCAGACGCGACCCAAAACAUGAUAUUGCUGAUUCGCCCAGACUUACUGAGGAUGAACGUCUUGCUAUUUUGGAGGCGAAGGAAAGGGAGACGGGAGAAUUGCCUCCAGAACUCAGGGAGAGAGCCAGACUAGAAAUAAGAGAAGAGCCUGUUUUGCGGGAAGAGGCUCUUGCUCAGAUGAGGCAUUUUAUAGAAAAGCAUCCUGCUAUUAGGAAAUGUAGGACAGAUGCGCCAUUCCUGCUCCGUUUUCUGCGCACCAAGAAGUACUCAAUCCCACAGGCUUGUGCGAUGCUCGAACGCUACCUGACAAUUCGCCAAAUGUAUCCACAAUGGUUCCAAAAACUGGAUCCGUUAGACCCUAAAAUAGCAGCUGUUAUCGACGCGGGAUACUUAGUGCCAUUGCCUAAAAGAGACCCUGAAGGAAGAAGAGUCGUUCUGUCUUGUAUGGGCCGUUUCGACCCUCACGCAUAUGACAGCACAGUAAUGGCCCGGGUUCACUCUAUGUUGGUCGAAUUGCUGUUGGACGAGCCUCGAUCGCAGUUGCUUGGUUACAUGCACGUGAACGAUGAAGCUGGCAUGCAGAUGCCUCAUGUCUCUUUGUGGUCAUUGAGUGACGUGAAGAUCAUGUUAAAUUGUAUACAGAACUCCACACCUAUGCGCCACAAGCGCACCCACUUUGUCAACAUACCACACUAUGGAGUUAAGUUCUUCGAGUUUGCCGUUUCGCUAUUAAGCGACAAAUUAAAGGACCGUGUUAUGUUCCACAGAACAGCAGAAGACCUUACCAAACACGUCGAUGCAUCGAUACUGCCUAAAGAAUACGGUGGGACGGUUCCAUUAAAAGAAAUGAUUGAAGAAAUAAAACGAAAACUUCUCAAGCACAGGGAGGACUUACUCGCACUGGACGAUAUGAAUAUAGAUUUGCAAGCAUUAGGCAAAAAUGACUUGACUCAAAAUAUUCAUUCAACCGCUGGUUCAUUCAGAAAACUCGAGCUAGAUUAAGAUUAGGUAUAGAUUAGCAGAUACGUGAUCUGUUGAAUUUAGUUUAAAAGUAGAUUUACGAAGAAAUUUUUAAGAUGCAUUAAAACAAUUACUGUGAAAUCUUUGUAAGAUACAUAUUAUACGAAGAAUGCAAAAGUACGCUAUCAAAUUCAAAGUAAAAUAAAUAUUUUUCUUACCAGGUGAUCUUAUUUAAGUAAAAUCAUAACGUUUCAUUUAUAUAGUUUGUUGACAAAAUAUUUUAUGUAAUAACCUUGCCAAAUUAGAUAGAAAUUGAAAUGAUAGAAACUUAUUUCAUUGUAUCAUAUAAUUAAGGCGUAAAUAGUACUUUGAAAUUCAUGAGCAGCAUGAGCUCUUUAAAGCUAUUACAUAUAUUUUUUUUCACUAACAGAUCUCAUUGUUUUCAAAAUAAUGUUGCAAGUCUAUAAAUUCAAUACGAAAGAAAAAAUGUCUUCACUUAAAUGUGUAACCUCCAUAUUAUUCCAGUAUGAAAUUCAUUUUCUCUAUCAUUAUAAGAACAUAAUAAUAAUAAAGUAGAAUAUGAUUUGAUUAUUUUUAGUAACUAAUGGGGGUAGUGGCAGCCGUCGGUGGAGUCACGUUACCGUUAACUGGUUACGGAAUGUUUCUAUGUGGAUAACAACGUCUCAGCAUGUUUAUCAUUAGAGCGCUCUUUCUGCUUAAUGCUUUAUGGAUUUAACAGUGUUGUAUAAUAGUUUUGUAAUUGUAGACAUAGGUUUGGCAUAACAUAAAGUAAAAUUUCUAUAGUAUC